AUGGGUACAGGCCGAUCAGGAGCAGGCCGAGCGCGCGCACACGCCAAGAAAAAGCAGUACAAGCGUGGACACGCCACUAAAAACCGCGCACGUGAUGUCGACCAGAUCCAAGAUGAUCUGCGUGUGGAGAAAGUAACGGGCAAGCAUUUAACCUUUGAAAUGGAUGAGGACCUACCAGGUCUGGGUCAGUUCUACUGCACACCAUGCGGUCGUCACUUUAUCGACACGAAGACACGGGACGUGCAUUUGAAAACUAAAGUGCACAAACGGAGAUUGAAAGAUGUUGCUCAGAAGCAAUACACACAGAAGGAGGCCAUGCAAGGUGCUGGAAAGGGGAUUGAAACGUACAAGCCGGCUCAUUCAAAAAACGCGAACGACAUGAACGACAUUUAG